AUGGUGGCGCCCCGCACCGCGCACAAAAUGGCCGCCGCCACCUUCAAGAGCCACGGCUACUGCCUGUCCCAAGCCAUGCGCUUCGCCGUGGAGGAGAUAAACAACUCCAGCGCCCUCCUCCCCAACGUCACCUUGGGCUACGACAUCCACGACACCUGCUCGGAGCCCGCCAACCUCCACGCCACGCUGCGUGCCCUCGCCCGGAAAGGUGGCCGGGAGGUCGAGGUGCUCCCCACCUUCCGCCGCUACGAGCCCGAAGCGGUGGCCGUCAUCGGGCCCGACAGCACCCGGCUGGCACUCACCACAGCAGCCAUCCUCGGCGUCUUCCUUGUACCGGAGAUUAGUUACGAAGCCACCUUGGAGACGCUGAGCCUCAAGCGGUUCUACCCCUCGUUCCUGCGCACCAUUCCCAGCGACAGGCAGCAAGUGAAGGCCAUCUUUCUGCUGCUGAAGCGGUUUGGGUGGACUUGGGUCGCAUUGCUGGGCAGCGACAACACCUAUGGCAGGGAAGGCUUAGACUCCCUCUACAAGCUGCUGACCGCAAGCGAUGUGUGCGUUGCCUACCGAGGCAUCAUCCCUGUCAACAAGGACGCCAACAGCCUGGAGCUCCACAACCUGGUCAGAAUUCUCACAGACGUCAGGGUUAAUGUCACCGUCGUCUUCUCUAACAGAAAAAGUGCCUGCCCCUUCUUUGAGGUGGUGGUCCAGAGGAAUGUCACGGGCAUGGUGUGGGUGGGCUCUGAAGACUGGUCGUUAGCCCAAACAAUCUGGCAGGUGCCUGGCAUCCAGAGUAUUGGCUCGGUGAUUGGGAUGUCUGUCGAGAAGAUAGAAUACACGAUGCUGGAGCGCUUUGAGACUUGGAAGGCAGCAGAGGAAAGCGCUGCGGCUGGAUGUACUGGCAGGAUGGAGACAGGCGGGGGAAUCGGAGGGAAUGCCCAGCUGGACUGCACCCAGCGCUGCACCAGCUGCCACUUGCUUGCCACUGUCCCCGACAUGUACGAUGCUCAAGCCUCCUUCAACGUGUACUCAGCUGUGUAUGCCGUGGCGCACGGCCUUCAUGACCUGCUGGGCUGCGCCUCGGGGGCGUGCAGCAAAGGCAAAGUCUAUCCCUGGCAGCUCCUACAAAAAAUCAAGCAAGUAAACUUCUCCCUGUACAAGAGCCGCAUCUCUUUUGAUGCCAACGGGGACAUUCGGAAAGGCUACGACAUUGUCAUGUGGAACUGGAGUGGCCCGAGCUGGGCUUUCGAUGUGGUAGGAACUUUCAGUGUGAAUCCCGACAGGCUGAGCAUUGACCAGGGCAAAAUGCUGUGGCACACAAAAGAUCGGCAGGCUCCUGCCUCAGUGUGCUCCGAGGCCUGUCAACCUGGGGAGAAGCGGCUGCAGCGGAGCAGACACCGAUGCUGCUUCAGCUGUGAGGGCUGUCCGGCAGGAACCUUCCUGAACAGAUCGGACCUCUACAGCUGCCAGUCCUGCAGGGUAGAUGAGUGGGCCCCGGCGAGAAGUGAAGCUUGCUUCAACCGCACUGCCGAGUUUCUGUCUUGGUCUGAACCCAUCUCCUGGGCACUGCUGACCCCCACCAUCCUCCUCAUGCUGCUCAUGGCAGGGCUGGCUGUCCUCUUCGCCCUGAAUGCCUCCACGCCAGUGGUCAAGUCUGCAGGCGGGAAGAUGUGCUUCCUCAUGCUGGGCUCUCUGGCCUGUGCCUGCAGCAGUCUCUUCUGCUACUUCGGGGAGCCAGCCCGGCACACAUGCCUGCUGCGGCUCCCCCUCUUAGCCAUCAGCUUCACCAUCUUCCUCUCGUGUGUGGCAACGCGCUCCUUCCAGAUCAUCUGCAUCUUCAAGCUGAACGCACGCUGGCCGGCCCUCUACGAGGCCUGGCAGCGGCGCAGGGGACCAGUGCUCUUUAUUGCCGCUAGCACGGUGGCCCAGGCGGUGCUAUGCCUGGCCGCGGAGGUCGCCAGCCCCUCGGUGCCGCGCAGUGACUACGGUGCCUUGGCCGAGCGGGUGGUGCUGGACUGCGGCCCGAGCGUCGCGGCGAGCAGGACCGCCGCCUCCGCCUACCGUUUUGUGAGCGCAGUGGGCACCAACAGGAAACACACUGGAGAAAAGCCUUUUGAAUGUUCCAAAUGCGGCAAAUGUUAUUUUAGAAAAGAGAAUCUGCUGGAACACGAAGCCAGAAAUUGCAUGAACCGAUCUGAGCAGGUGUUCACGUGUUCGGUCUGCCAGGAGGUGUUCAAGAGGCGAAUGGAGCUGCGGCUGCACAUGGUGUCGCACACGGGGGAGAUGCCGUACAAGUGCUCCUCCUGCGCCCAGCAGUUCAUGCAGAAGAAGGACCUGCAGAGCCACAUGAUAAAGCUGCACGGCGCCCCAAAGCCCCACGCAUGCUCGACCUGCUCCAAGUGCUUUCUGUCUCGGACAGAGCUGCGCCUGCACGAGGCCUUCAAGCACCGGGGAGAGAAGCUGUUUGUCUGCGAGGAGUGUGGGCACAGGGCCUCCAGUCGCAACGGCCUGCAGAUGCACAUCAAGGCCAAGCACAGGAACGAGCGGCCCUACGUUUGUGAGUUCUGCCACCACGCCUUCACGCAGAAAGCCAACCUCAACAUGCACCUGCGCACGCACACCGGUGAGAAACCCUUCCAGUGCCACCUCUGCGGCAAGACCUUCAGGACACAAGCAAGCUUGGACAAGCACAACCGGACCCACACUGGGGAGCGCCCCUUCAGCUGCGAGUUCUGUGAUCAGCGCUUCACGGAGAAGGGGCCCCUGCUGAGGCACAUCGCCAGCCGGCACCAGGAGGGGAGGCCCCACUUCUGCCAGAUCUGUGGGAAAACAUUCAAAGCUGUUGAACAGCUGCGCGUCCACGUCCGCCGGCACAAGGGUGUGAGGAAGUUUGAGUGCACCGAGUGCGGCUACAAGUUCACACGACAGGCUCACUUGAGGCGCCACAUGGAGAUUCAUGACCGGGUGGAGAACUACAGCCCCCGGCAGCGGAAGCUGCGGAACCUGAUCAUUGAGGACGAGAAGGCCGUGGUGGUGGCGCUGCAGCCGCCGCCGGAGCUGGAGGUGGGCUCAGCAGAGGUGAUCGUGGAAUCCCUGUCGCGAGGCUCCCUGCCCGAGGAGAUCCCCGUGCAGAGACUCUGCUCAAACGAGAACUUCUCUACGGCGGAUGUGAUCGAGCAAUCGCUAAUUAUAACAACAACAAUUCCCGAAGACUGUGAAACAUAG